AUGGAAAUGGAAGAUACAAUCGCAUAUGAAAAACCAAUUGUUGACAAUAGUAAUACUAAUGUGAAUAAUAGCAAAGACGACGCAGCAGCACAGUAUGUUGAAUGUCUACGACUAGUUGAAGGUGGUAAUAUUCGACGUUUUGAAAAUGCUGUGGCAAAAUUCGAUUUUGUUCAAUAUGAAUCAAUUGAUGGAGAUGAUGCGCCAACUAAAUCAUUGCUUUUUUAUGCUAUCGAACAUAAUGAUGAACCGUUUGUCAAAGUUCUACUUGAAAUGGAAGUAUCAUUAGAUAAAUCCUAUACAGUAAGUUGA